AGGCGCGCGCGCGCAACGCCUCACUUCGACCAUAGGCCCGAGUGGCGCGGCCGCACCGCCGAUAUGCGACCAACAACCAAUAGUCAGUGAAGUGCUUGUGCAGUGUUAACUUUCAGUUGUGCUAUUGUGAUAUUCAGAUGCCAGUGUUGAGCGCGACAUGACUCGAGACAGUUACGAGAUGAAGAAAAAUCUGUCACGUGGGAGUUCCCUCUUCGGUACGGACCCUCAAGUCCAGCUGAGGACAGCUCUGCAGACCAAUGACUUCGCCACAUUUAAAAAGCUUGUCAGCUAUGGAGCAGUGAAACUUGACUUUGUGUAUCAAUAUCCGGAUUACAAAACAUGUCUGGAGAUAGCAGUAUCGGAGCCAAACAAGCAAGAGUUCGUAAAGCUUUUACUACAAUACGAAGUGGAGGUAAACAAAAUCAAUGAAACACAUGCCGCGGCCCCCAUACACUUCGCUGUUGAAAAUGGUAAUUUAGAGGCAUUGGCGGCUCUACUAGAGGAUGACAAAAUUGACGUGGAUAUUCAAAGCAAAGGAAACACGGCGUUAUUAUUGGCGAUAAAAAAAAUCGAAGACUUGGAAGAUGAUCGAGAACGGGAUUUAGCAACUUACGAGGAUAUGGUUGAAAUGCUAUUAAAGGCGGGUUGCAAUGCUAAUAGACCCGAUACUAAAGGUGUAACACCGAUACAUUCAGCUGCGCAACAAGGUCUAGAAAGAGUCGUAACUUUGAUAUUGGAAUACUCCAAAGAACCUAUUCAUUUGAACACGUAUAAAGACAGGACGGGGAGAACAGCGCGUGACUAUCUUAAAGAAGCAUUCCCUCAUUUACUGGCGAGAUUUGAAACCGAAGAACCAGAACCAGAAAUAAUUGACUCCGAUAAAUUAUUUUCAUACCUAAACAGAGAUGAAGAAGAUAAUUUUAUUCGUGAUUUCACAACACUUGUGAAGAAAAAUGAGCAACGUAAGGUUUUAGCAGAUAACAAUGGCUCGAACACACUGCUGCAGUUGGCAACGAAGAAGGGAUUCGACAGAGCGGUAGGAACCUUACUUCUCUCUGGAGCAGAUCCAAAUGCUACUUGUGCAGCGAAUACCAGCAGACCUAUAGCAAUUGCUUGCGAAUAUGGAUAUCGAAAAAUUCUGAAAAGGUUCGUUGACAAUGAAAAUACUUUGUUUGACACAGUUAAUGGAGAAUCUCUUAUCCACAUAUUAGUGAAGGGCAUGCGGUCUUCUCCCAUGACCCCAAAAGCAAACUUUGAUGAGUGUUUAGAGCUUUUAUUGAAGUCUCCUAAAAUUAACAUUAACGUCAAUUACCCUGACGUCAAAAAUAAUACAGCUUUACAUUAUGCAGCUCGGAAUGGUGAUCAAGAAACUGUUUUAGAGUUAUUAAGGAAUGGCGCCUGUAUAGGGCUACGCAACAAAUUUGACGAACCACCCUUAGCAGAUAUUCCUUAUAAAACACUGGAAACAUAUUUGGACGAAUGUAUUACGACUAAUAGCGAACGACCAGGCGAUGAUGAUUACGAAAUUCGCAUGAAAUACAGUUUCCUUGUUUAUCCUAACAAUUCGCUUGAAAACGAGCUCAGUAAGGUGCCUCUAAUGGAUAAUUCUAGCACUAAUGGAAAAGAAAUUGAUUCAUUGUUGGCACCUGAGACAGACGCUUUGCUUUACAUGACAAGAAAUGAAGACUUGAAGCCACUUCUGAAACAUCCAGUUAUUACAAGUUUCUUGUACUUGAAAUGGCAAAGAAUAAGUUGUCUGUUCUACGCAAACAUAACAUUUUAUUCAUUACUUUGGCUUUGCCUAAUCCUAUAUAUUAUACUGGGAUAUGGAGAAGAAAAGAAACAGUCAGGCUCAGUGGAAGCGUUGAAUGUAAUAACUCAUGUUGGUGCGAUAAUUGGUUUAAUUCUGCUAAUAUUUCGAGAGUUGUUUCAACUGCUUGUGUCGCCGACACGAUAUUUACAAAGUUUAGAGAACUGGAUGGAAAUCGCAUUGAUAUUUGUGACCGCGUUGAUAGUAGGGAACGACGCAGCGGAAGAGUCUACUAAACAGCAAUUGUCCGCGGUGGCCAUAUUACUAUCAUCCGCAGAAUUAGUUCUACUCAUUGGUCAAUUCCCUACUCUAUCAACGAAUAUUGUUAUGCUAAGAACUGUUUCGUGGAAUUUCUUUAAAUUUUUGCUUUGGUAUUGCAUUUUAAUAAUAGCGUUUGCUUUGAGCUUUUACACACUAUUUCGUCAUGAAGAGGAAGUGGAAGACCAGACAGCACCGAAUCCUAAUACUACCGGCAAAGAGGAGGAAGAAGAGGAAGAUUUCUUUGAAGAUCCAGGGAGAUCAUUGUUCAAAACUAUAGUCAUGUUAACGGGCGAAUUUGACGCAGGUUCAAUUAAAUUCAGUACAUUCCCAGUUACGAGUCACAUAAUAUUUAUUGUAUUUGUUUUUAUGAUUCCUAUUGUUUUGUUUAAUUUACUCAAUGGUUUAGCUGUGAGUGAUACUCAAGAGAUUAGAGCAGAUGCCGAAUUAGUGGGCAUCGUAUCGAGAGUGAAGCUGAUUUCAUAUUUUGAGAGCGUAUUGAUAGGUAGCGCUGGGUCUUAUUCCCGCCCGGGGACCUGUUGGUCGUGGUUGCCUUCAGCUUUUAAAAAACUUAAUAUAAUAAAGCCAAAAACAUUCUGCAUUAAACCUUUUGCAACGCGGAUAAGCCUGUUUCCGCACUUUCUACCUAAAUACAAAAUUACUGUAAAACCAAAUCAAGAGAAUAGAAUCGAGAUACCUCACGCAGAACCGCUUGGUAAAUAUGGCGAUGACUAUGAAGAUAUUGAAGGUGGCAAAAUUACGUGUUGUUUCGAACGCUGCCAAAACUAUAGACUAGACCGCAAAAUAGUGAAGAACGCAAAAAUUGUUAUUGCUAGGAAGACGAACUUGACCGAAUUGGGUGAAAUUAAAAACCAGCUGUUGAAAUAUGAAUCAAAAAUUGAAAACCUUGAAAAAACAAUGAAGAAGGUAUUACAAGCUUUAGAAGCAAACCGUUACUAGUAUUUUAUUUAUUUUAAGAGUUAUUUUAACUCGUUAUUUUCUAAGCUUUUAACAAACUGCUUUGUUAUAAUAUGAACGAUGGGUUAUUUAACCGUAAAUAUUAUGUUAACGUAGUGUUAAGCGCAGUAUUAAUUUUGAGGCAUUUAUGUUGUGUUAUAAAUGCGAAGAUGAACAAUAACUUUUUUGCGUCCAUGUUUCGUUAUGUGUAUCUCAUUUUACUAAAAAUAUUCCAAUAAAAUCUUUUUGUAUUUGCCUAUA